CCCUAGACCUUUGAUCGUUGGAUCAGACAUUGGUUGCAGGCUGAUGCUCGCUGUAAUCUAAACGGGUAACUCGAAUAAAGACUUUUGGGCUCCCAAGCCCCUGACUCGAGUCGCGCCCAAAAAAAUAAUGUGGAAUUUCAGCCCAAGGAGCGAAAAAAAAGAGAGAGUGGAUACAACCUCACUGUCACUAUUCAACACCAUUCCUUACACCAUGUCAUUCCAGAGAUCAUCGGCUAGAGCCCUGAGAGCAGCUACCAAAGCUGCUGCUCAACCCACUUCCCAACAUGUGGCCAAGAGGAGCAUCUCCAUGCUCUCUAGGACCGCUCCUCGAGUCACCAUGAACACUCGGGCUACUGGUGUCCGAGGAAUCAAGACGCUCGACUUUGCCGGUACUAAGGAGACUGUGUACGAACGAGGAGAUUGGCCUCUUGACAAGCUCCAAGAGUAUUUCAAAAAUGACACUCUUGCCAUGAUUGGAUACGGAUCCCAAGGACACGGACAAUCCCUCAACGCUCGAGACAACGGACUCAAAGUCAUUGUUGGUGUUCGAAAAGGUGGUGAAUCUUGGAAACAGGCUCAAGAGGAUGGAUGGGUCCCUGGAGAGACCUUGUUUGAUAUCCCGGAAGCUAUCAACAAGGGAACCAUCAUCAUGAACCUCUUGUCGGACGCUGCUCAGAGCUCAACUUGGCCCGAAAUCGCACCUUUGAUCACCAAGGGCAAGACCCUCUACUUUGCCCACGGUUUCUCCGUGGUCUACAAAGAGGACACCAAGGUCGUUCCUCCAAAGGACGUUGAUGUCAUUCUUGUCGCUCCCAAGGGAUCAGGACGUACUGUUCGAACUCUUUACCUCGAGGGCCGAGGAAUCAACUCGUCCAUUGCCGUCUACCAGGACGUCACUGGCAAGGCCAAGGAGAAGGCCGUGGCGCUCGGUAUCGCUGUCGGCUCAGGAUACCUCUACGAGACCACCUUUGAGAAGGAAGUCUACUCUGACCUUUACGGAGAGCGAGGUGUCCUCAUGGGAGGUAUCCAAGGAAUGUUCCUUGCCCAAUACGAGGUUCUCCGAAAGAACGGACACACUCCCUCUGAGGCUUUCAACGAGACUGUCGAGGAAGCCACUCAGUCCCUUUUCCCCUUGAUUGGCAAGUACGGUAUGGAUUACAUGUACAACGCCUGCUCGACCACUGCCCGACGAGGUGCUCUCGACUGGGCUCCCAAGUUCAAGGAGGCCAACUUGCCUGUAUUUGAAGCGCUUUACAAGUCGGUCAGGGACGGAAGCGAGACUCGACGAUCGCUCGACUUCAACUCGCGAAAGACUUACCGUCAAGACUUGCAAAAGGAGCUCGACGAGAUUGACAACCAGGAGAUCUGGCGAGCUGGAAAGACUGUUCGAGGCCUCAGACCCGACGCCAACAAGGACGAGCUUUAAAUGUCGAAAUGUCCACUCCUAUCUUGAUGAACUUUCAGAAAACCUCCCCCGGCAUGCUUUUUUGCCUUGACACGUCAAUAGCUACAUUCCAUUGGGCAUGCAUACGAAAAAAUAGAGAUCUCGAAA